AUGCCUGACCGACCUAUUCUUCCAAUGACUUCGGUUGAUACAAUCCAUGAAGAAGAACCUUCUAAUGAAGAACAAUAUUCUUCUUCUUCUUCUUCUUCUUCUUCUUCUUCUCCUCCAACAACAACUAGCCUUUCCUCUCAAGUGGCUGCCAUUUCCAUUGCAAACCCCCCUCCUUCUGCUGCUGCAAUGGCUAGAGCUCCAGGCCCUUACCAACUCAGCCCAUCUUCUGCCCUCUCUUCUGAAAUCCCAGCUGUCCCCCUUGGUGUCAAUACCUCUGUAGCUGCUCCCGUUGUUCAAUCAUCAUCAUUAUCAUCAUCUGGUGGUGUCUCUCCUCUUUCAUCUCGUAAACCUUCCUUUAAUACCAUUGAGUCUUCUACUGCUGGCCCAAUUUCCCCACACUCAACUUCUGCUGCCCCUUCACCAAUCUCUCGAACCUCUUCAGCUUCUUCUACCUCUUCCAUUGGCUCUGCUACCUCUGCCUCUGUCACAAUUACAGGCCAUGGCUCUAAUAAUUUGUCUUCAAACCAUCAUACACCACCAUUAUCCCCAUCUUCUAAUAGUUCUUCCUAUUCAAGACUCUCAAAACUUAUACACAGGGGUUCUAAUCAUGGCCAAAGCUUAUCUGGAACCAAUGGCGCGGCCGAAUCGCACCACAACUCUUCUAGAAAAUUGUCUGCACCUGCUGCUCCCCAAGCAGCCACUCUAGCUGCUUCUCAACAACAAUCACAACAAAACCAUUUUCCAGGCACGAGGCCCCAUUCGUCCUCCUCGGCUGCUGCCACUGCUGAUUCAGCCGCUGCUAUCGCUGCAAAUGUUAAUAAUAAUGCCAAUGCUACUACUGCUACUAAUGCUACUUCUCCUCCUUCUGCCCAUGGAACUAAACAUUCUAGUCUCUUUAGAAGAAAUACAACUGCUACAUCCACUGGUAGACCAAACUCUGCCGGUGCCGGUGCCGGUGCUGCUGCUGUUGUCUCGGCUUCUUCUUCUGCUGCAACUCAACGUAAACCAAAAGCUUCUGGCCCUACUGCAACCCCAGCUAAUAAUAUUGCCAUGUCUUUUGGUGCUGAAACUGGAGUGGCUACUGCUGCUGAGCUUAAUCGAGCAAACACUAUGCAAUCUUAUGCUGCAAACCAACGUCCCCAACCUGUCCCUUCAUCACGAUCCUUUAGUGUAUCCCGCUUGACUUCUCGUUUUACUAAACACCGCUCUGGCUCAGAUUCUAGUGACUCGAAUGUUCCAACCCCUGCAGGUAGUACCCCCCCAUCUCGUCAAAACUCUCGCCAACCUUCACGUCAAUCUUCCUUUUCUUCAGUCUCUUCCUCUAGACCUCCAUCUCCAGGUCAUGAAAAGGAAAAUCCUGCUGAUUAUCUUCCUUCCCAUCUUCUCGUUAAGGACUGGCACUUGGGUCACAAGUAUUCUUUUGGUAAACUUAAAAAGAAGACUCUUGGUGAUGGUGCCACUGCUACUGUUAUUGUUGUUACUGGACCAAGCCUUAUCCCAGGCUCUAAAGAAAAGGAGACGUAUGCUUGCAAAGUUUACAAGAAGCGACCCCCUAAAUCUGCAGAAACAGUUCGCGAAUAUUAUGAAACAUUUGCUGAUGAGUAUGUAAUUAUGCGCAAUCUCCAACACAUGAAUGUUGUUCACGCUUUUGAUUUGAUGGUGGAUUCUAAAGGCGCCUGGUGCACUAUUUUGGAAUAUUGUGAAAAUGGUGACCUUCACUCUCUGCUGGAAUUGACUCGCAAGUAUAAGAAGCGCAUGUCUAGAGAACAACGUGCUUGUCUUUUUAAGCAGCUACUUUAUGGUAUCAAUUAUAUUCACUCUAGAGGUAUUGCUCACCGUGAUAUUAAGCCUGAAAAUUUGCUUAUCAGUGCUCGUGGAGAAUUAAAGAUUUCUGACUUUGGUGUUUCUGUUUAUCUUUAUGAUGGUAACCCAGCUCCUGAAGAUGAAGCUGUGGCUGAUGCUACAGUUAAGCUGGCUUCUGGUCUUUGUGGUUCUGAGUUUUAUAUGGCUCCUGAGAUUCAUUCUCGUCGUAAACUUAAGGAGGAGGGUAAAGGUGAUGGACAUUAUGAUGCUCGCAAGGUUGAUAUUUGGGCUUGCGCUGUUACCUUUUUUAACAUUUUUUAUGGUUUCAACCUUUGGGGGGUUGCUGACUUUCAUAAGGAUAAUUUGUUUAAAAAGUUUUCGCGUGAAAUUUACAAUUACUGGAUUCAAGAGUUGGACUCUGCUUAUAUGAAUGUUAUUUCCAUUUUACCUAUUUAUAAUGGAUACAAGGGUAUGGAUGAAUCUACUACGGAGGAAAUUUUGGCUAUUGAUGCUGCUGCAAAUGAGCAAUUACAAGGCCCACAAAAGUCUGGACUGGCUAAUAUUUUGCGUCUUGAAGAAUUGGUUGAUAAUUUGAGGGAUGUUAUAGAGGAGAUUGAUGAGUGGGAUGUUGAAGUUGAAGAGCAUGAUCGUUUGAAGAAGGAUAAGGAGCGCAAGGAAAAGUUUACUGCAGAAGGCCAAGCUGAUAAGUUUGAGCCUACUCCUGCACCUGCACCUCCUAAAGUUGAAGCUGUUGAUGCCUUUAUUGCUGAACAUAAGCGUCGUCCUCGUGUGCCUCGUUAUGAUUUGUCAUUUUACCAUUCACAAACUAAUGAAGAACAACCUUUGUUUAUGGUAAACUCUGCUGGUGAAGGUAUUAAGCGUAUGUUGGCACAAAUGCUUUUACCUUUUCCUGAGAAGCGACCUUCAGCUCGGGCCAUUUUGGCUAUGCCUUGUAUGCGCAAGAUUAUGACUUGUGUUGAUCCUGAGCCUCAAGAUGCUCUUUUGAGUUGUCCCUUGGAGGAUGGAAAUUCUGAAGAUGGUGGAAUUUAUGCUGGUGCUACUGUUGUAUCUGCAGGACCUUCUUCAACUUCUGGAAUGCUUUCUGCAGCACAAGAAAUGGCUGCACGAGAUAAUGGAGCCAAUCGAAAGGCUACAAUGCAACGUACACAAACUGCAGAAGAUAUGAAGAAGUUGUUGGAUGCUAGUAGAAAUGUUCGUCGUGGAAAUAACCGACAUAAUCAUGAUUUACCAGUGAAGCCGCCUAGCGGACAUGGCCUGGGUGAGUUUAAACAGGCUCCACAUGAGUUUUAUUGA